UAUAUACCUUAUAAUCCAACCUUAAACACCACCACCAUAGCUUACACUUACAAAUUUCUCAAUCCAUUUUCACCAACUCUAACUCAUAAUGGCUCCAUCUCAAAGUUUUUCUGACUCAGACCACGGCUCAUUGUUCAACUUCGUGGUCCGAGAUGGUAAUGGUGUAAAGGGCAUGGUGGACUCAGGAUUAUCAAAGGUACCACAGCAGUAUGUGCAGCCUCAACAAGAGAGAAUCGACGAGCACAACGCAACCUUAAAUCAUAGCCCACCGAUUGACCUGUCGAAACUCGACGGUCCUGACCGUGACCUAGUGGUGAAUGAAAUUGCUAGAGCCGCUGAGACUCUCGGGUUCUUCCAGGUGGUUAACCAUGGCGUGCCCGUCGAGCUGCUCGAGUUGCUCAAGGAUGCAGCUCGUGAUUUCUUUGGCCAGCCGGCUGAAAAUAAAGCUGUAUAUUGUAAGGGUGUGAGCCCUAGUCCGUUGGUUAAGUAUGGUACGAGUUUUGUGCCGGAAAAAGAAAAGGCGUUGGAAUGGAAAGAUUAUGUGAGCAUGAUUUAUACUGAUGAUGCUGAAGCACUUCGAGUUUGGCCUAAAGAAUGCAAAGAUAUAGCUUUGGAAUAUAUAAGAACAUCAAUGAGAAUGGUGAGGAAACUACUAGAAGCUUUAAUGGAGAAGCUCGAAGUGAAAGUAGAUGACGCCGUAAUUGAAGCGUUAACUGGGUUGAAGAUGGUGAACAUGAAUUAUUAUCCAGUAUGUCCAAAUCCAGAACUAACGGUCGGGGUAGGGCGUCACUCAGAUCUUGGGACCCUGACUGUAUUAUUACAAGAUGGAAUUGGCGGUCUGCAUGUCAAAGUUGAAGAGAAUGUGGACGGUAAGAAGAAAGGUGAUUGGAUAGAAAUUCCGCCUAUUUCUGGUGCUUUGGUCAUCAACGUCGGUGAUACGCUGCAGAUAUUGAGCAACGGAAAGUAUAAAAGUGCAGAGCAUAGAGUGCGGACUACAAGCAAAGAAUCAAGAGUUUCAGUCCCGAUUUUCACAAUUCCAAAAGGAACAGAAAAGAUCGGACCGUUGGCUGAAGUGGUGGAGAAAGAUGGGGUGGCUCGUUACAGAGAAGUGGUAUUCCAAGAUUAUAUGAACAAUUUCUUUAGCAAUGCUCAUGAUGGAAAAAAGUCUCUUGACUUUGCAAGGAUCUAUUAAUACUUUUCUUUUCAAAUAGAUCCUUUUUUUUUGUCAAUAAUGUCUUUUUUUUCCCUCUUGUCAUGAUGUAUCUUAGAAUAAGCUUCUGGGUGUAACAGAAGAAACAUAUGACAUGCGUGUUCUCUUGUCAUGAUUUAACUUUUUUAAAUCCGCCUCUCCGAGGACCGGAAUGAUUAUCCA